GCUCCUGCGCAAAGAUGGCACUCGAGUCAUCCCGGCUUCCACCUCAUUGGGGAGCUGCUAAGAACGACAAGGGGGAGCAUCGAUCAUGGGGGCAGCUUCUAAUAUUCCUGUUGCAAAGUGGCUUUUUUUGUUCUUCCCCUCGUGUUCCAGAGCCUUCCAAACACCUCGCCAUGGGGGACAUGAAGACCCCGGAUUUCGACGACCUCUUGGCGGCCUUUGACAUCCCUGACAUUGACACCAGCGAGGCGAUCCAUUCUGGCCAUGAGGAGGCAGAGACUCACAUCAGGCCUGUCCCCGUCGAAGCGGCCGCCCCCGAGCACGUCCUCCCACACGCCGACAUCACCACCGUCAGCGUCAUCGUGAAGAACACGGUCUGUCCUGAGCAGCUGGAGUCGGUGGACGGGCGCGUCAAGGACAGCCACCCGCACCCAGUGGGCUCCCGCUUGCUGCACAAUGGCUUCGCUGCUCCGGAGGUGCCUCGCGCCUCCCCUGUCUCCUCCGCUGAAGCUGUGGCCCCUGCUAACGGGGGGGAGUGCUGGGCCCUGAAAGAGAAGACGCCGAAGAGCCUCGAUAUCUUCUCUCCCUUCAGCCCCGAGCCUCACAAGGAGGGCGAGGCAGACCUCAUUGACCAGCCACGGGGAUGCAAGGUGAAAGAGCCGGGCCUUUCAGGGCCAGCCAUCUCCCCAGCGCCCAUCUUGUCUUCUGCCUCGCCCUUGGACUGCCCCGAGCCCGUUCGGGAGAGCCUUGGACCGUCGCCACCUCCAGCCUUCCCUCCACCUUUUGAGACGUGUCCAGCUGGUGGAAUCGGCCUCUCCCUAACUCCCCCUCCUGCUCCUGUCCCUGUCCCAGCUCCUCCCGUGAUCAAGCAGGAGGCGGACUGCGCGAUGCCUUGUCAGGGGUCCAGCCCACUGAGGCCUCCAAAGUCCGGUUCUUCCUGCUACUCUGCAGAGGCAUCCCCCAGAGUCCCCUGGCCUGGUUCUGAUGCAAGCCUUGAUGGGGAUCUAAGCGGCAUGCCCGACAUCAAGCACACGCUCUCGAGCCCUCAGGACCACCUUUUCCAGAGCUCCCCGCAGAAAGGAAUCAGCCCUGGGCCCUUGGUCUCCCCAAAGCACCCUGGUGAUGGAGCCCUGAAGGAAGAGCCGGUGGAGAAGCCUGUGCAGUGCCCGCCUGUCCCUUCCAGUGGGGGGGAAGAAGAGGAGGAGGAGGAGGACGACGAUGAGGGGGACCACGAGGGCCAGAGCACUGGCUCCCCCUCGUCCACUUCCUCACGACCCCUCAAGGUGAGGAUCAAGACCAUUAAGACGUCGUCUGGAAGCAUCACCCGGACAGUGACAAGGGUCUCAUCUGACUCUGAGCCUGCCAAGCUGCCUUCGGAUCACGGUGCCCCAGAGACCCCGGCGGCUGAGGAUAUGCUGCUCCCCGCCCUCACUCAGAAGGAAGAGGCAACCCCGGAGAACCCUAGCCUGAAGGUGGUGGCUGCCAGCCCUGUGAAGGUGGUGGAGGGCCCCAAGGUGGUCAGUGUGCAGCUGGGGGACGGGACCAAGAUCAAGGGGACGGUGCUGCCGGUCUCCACCAUCCAGAACGCCAGCAGUGCCAUGCUCAUGGCUGCCAGCGUGGCCCAGCAGAAAGCGGUGGUGCUUCCCAGCAAGGCCCUGGCCAAGAACAUCAUCAGCCUGGUGCCCCAGGCCCUCCCCAAGGCCGCCGAGGUCCGGAGCGGGGGGGCGGCGCAGGCAGUCCCCGCCCCCACCAGCCAGAAGGUCAACGGCACCACCGUGGUGGUGAUGCAGCCACAGAAGUCCUCGCCCUCUGUCGCCGGCACGGUCAUCUCCCGUAGCCAGUCCAGCCUGGUGGAGGCCUUCAACAAGAUCCUCAACAGCAAGAACCUGCUGCCCACCUACCGGCCCAACCUGCUCCCCCCUGCCGAGGCCAGCCUGGCCCUCCCGCCGCUUGGCUACCGCUGCCUGGAAUGUGGCGACGCCUUUGCGCUGGAGAAGAGCCUGGCUCGGCACUAUGACCGCCGCAGCCUGCGGGUGGAGGUGACCUGCAACCACUGCGCCAAGCGGCUGGUCUUCUUCAACAAGUGCAGCCUCCUGCUCCACGCCCGGGAGCACAAGGACAAGGGGCUGGUCAUGCAGUGCUCCCACCUGGUCAUGCGGCCCAUCGCCCUCGACCAGAUGAUCGGCCAGCCGGACGUCUCCCCGCUGCUCCCCCUGGCCUCCCUGAAUGCCGGCAAGGCGGCCACCCCCGCCGGUGUCGCGCCUGAUCCGGGGGUGGCCAACGGGGCCGCUGCCCAGGAUCUGCCCGUCCUGCCUUUGAACAGCGGUGCCGAGCAGCCAGCCACCAAUUCCUGCCAGUGCCUGGAGUGCAAAGAGCAGUGCAAGGAUAAAGCCGGCCUGGCCGCUCACUUCCAGCAGGCCGGAAGCGCGACCUCCACGGUGUGCAACAGCUGCCCGAUGAUCAUGGCUAACCGCUGCAGCUUCAGUGCCCACCAGCGCAUGCACAAGAGCCGGCCGCCCCACGUGUGCCCCGAGUGUGGGGGGAACUUCCUCCUGGCCAACUUCGAUGCGCACCUGAAGGACGCCUGCCUCCACUUCUCCCGCAGGAUCGGCUACAGGUGCCCGAGCUGCUCCGUCGUGUUCGGGGGCGUGAACUCCAUCAAGUCCCACAUCCAGACGUCGCACUGCGAAGUGUUCCACAAAUGCCCCAUCUGCCCCAUGGCGUUCAAGUCGGCCCCCAGCGCCCACGCGCACAUCUACACCCAGCACCCGGGCUUCAGCAACCAGCAGUCCAAAAUGAUCUACAAAUGCGCCAUGUGCGAUACGGUCUUCACCCACAAGCCACUGCUCUCCUCGCACUUUGACCAGCAUCUGCUCAACCAGCGGGUGAGCGUGUUCAAGUGCCCCGACUGCCCGCUCCUCUUCGCCCAGAAGCGGACGAUGCUGGAGCAUCUGAAGAACAGCCACCAGCAGCAGAAGCCCACGGAAGAGCCUGUGCCGAAGCCGGCCCCCGCCGCUGCCCCAGUUACCCCCAAGCAGCGGCCGGCCGAGGAGGAGCCCCCGCCGCCCGCCGCCAAGGCCCCCGAGCCGCCGUCCUCCUCCUCCUCCUCCUCCUCGGAAGACGAGCCCCCCAGCUCCCCUGAGCUGCGCAAGAGCAAACGGGGCCGGUUUCAGCGCAAGGCGGAGCUGGGCAGGCGGUCCAGGAGCAACGGCUGGACCUGUGGGAUCUGCCACUCCUGGUUUCCAGAGCGCGACGAGUACGUGGUGCACAUGAAGAAGAUCCACGGGAAGUGUGUGAAGAAGUUUCCCUGCCACCUGUGUGAGCGGUCCUUCUGCUCCGCCCCCAGCCUGCGGAGGCACAUCCGGGUGAACCACGAGGGCAUCAAGCGGGUCUACCCCUGCAGGUACUGCACCGAAGGCAAGCGGACCUUCAGCAGCCGCCUCAUCCUGGAGAAGCACAUCCAGGUGCGGCACGGGAUCAAGGUGACCGAUGCCAACCGGGGCCAGGAGGUGCUUGCCACCCGCUUGGGCUCCAGGAACUCCCAGGUCUCCGGCCGGAAGCGCAAGCUCUCCUCCGACGAAGGGGACUCAUGCAGCGAAGAGCCGGACAGCACCACCCCGCCUUCCAAGACCCCCAAAGGCAGCCGGCGGUCCCCGUACCACUGUCGCAAGUGCGGCUACGUCGCCUCCACGGCGGCCGACUUCCAGGAGCACAUCCCCCGGCACAGGACAGGCGAGAGCGCCCACCAGUGCCACGAGUGCGGACUCUGCUUCACCUCUCAGGUCUCCCUGAACCGUCACCGCUUCAUCACCCACAAGAAGAAGCGAGGGGCAGGGGACGGGGAGGCCGGCGUCCCCCGGGGGGGCCCGGAGGAAGGCUCCCCCUCGGCCGCCGAAGGGAGCCUCUCCUGCACCGUCUGCGGCAAAGGCUUCGACACCCAGCUCAACCUCAAGACUCACUUCCGCACCCACGGCAUGGCCUUCAUCAAAGCCCGACAGACCGUGGGGGCCGAGAACUAGCCGGGCCGAGGGUGGGCCCCGGGGCCACGCCGGGAGUGCUGCCCUCCGCGUGGCUUCCUCCGCGGGUCAAGCACGAGGUGCCCUGACUGGGGACAGGGAAGGCGCCUCCUUGGCUGGGGACUUUGGGGUGGGGCUGGGGGUGCCACGCUCUCUUUUUAAAACCCCUUGUGCUGAAAGGUGGUAGGGCUGGAGUAGCAGGGAGAGUAGAAGCAUUAAGUCCGCUCCCAUCUGCACGUUCAUGCCCAGAAGCCAUCCUGGCAUGUCCGGUCGUGCCCCACCGAGGGGCUGGACUUCAGCUCGUCACCCCCUCCCGCCUCCACGUCCCGCGGGUGGAAGCGCGAUGCACCAAGAGGACGUUUGUUUUGCGGGAAAGCGCCCCAGCGUAAAGGCAGGGAGCGCCUGCUCUCCCGCUGUCAGCACUCCGGUUUUCCUUUCCUGCCCCAGGGCUUCUGAGGGCUCCGCGAUGCUCCCCCAAAGGGAUUAUUCCUCCCCCAUCCAACGCUUGCUUUCUUUUAGCAUUUCACACUUCUCAACCUCGGGGUGGUUCUCCCCUCUGUCUGGAAAGAGCGGCUCCUGGGCAGGGGGGCCAUCUUUCACUCCAAAUCAUGGCUGGAUUUGUGUCCCCGAAAAGAAGGAAGGAAGGUAGCUCUGUGUGUCCUCCACCGACCGAUGAUGAAGGCUAACAUAAAGCAAGCAGGAAGCUUCUGCGAUCAUUCCAGGGCACAGGAGUUGGAGGUUGGAGCGUGGCCCCAAUUUCUCGCCUUUACCGCGGUGCCCUCCCGGUAUUUGGGACUUUGCCUCCGCUCACCUCUGUCCGCUCGUCUCUGCUGGAGUCCGGAAUACCUCAAGAGCAUCAGGUGCUUAGGAAGAACCAGGCAGGGCAGGGCCCCACCUUGACUGACCUUGUGCAUGCUUUUCACAACAUAGAGUUGCUUGUAAAGUCCAAUCGUGCGUCUGUACCCGCGGUGGGGUGGGGGGGCAGGAGACGGAAGUUGGUUUCCAUGAACGGGUUGGGGGCGUCUCUCUCUCUCCAAGCGGGCAGGUAGCCAAGCCUGCUCGGGAGGGCGUUUUUGUGUGCUGCUCCUCACCCCCCCCCCACAUCCCUAGGCUCCCCUUUGUGGGAUCCUUGGUAUUGCAGCAGGGAUCGGUUGGGUAAUCAUGUCUUUGUCUGCCACAGUGAUUUUUGGAGUCUGAUCUCCCCUCCUCUCUCUUCCCACCGAAACCCCAAUUUCCAGCACCAUCCUGGACCCCCCUUCCCACCCCGAGCAUUCCUCAGUCGUUCAACCAAAUCCGAAGCCACGUGCCCAUAUGAUGAUGCCCAGCUCAGCCCCUUGGAAAACGGUGGAACUCCAGCCCAACCCGGUUGGCGCCGGCUGGGCGCGAGAGGCGGCACCUUUUUUUAUUCGAAGCUUAGAUUGCAGCUGCGGGUUCAAAAAGGCGCCUUUCUGUGCUUUAGGCUUUCACGGGCUUUAUCCCCCCCCCCCCUUGAAUCGUGCUGAAUGGAGAAAAUGACUUUGAUUCUUCUCUUAAGGUAUUUCUUUCGGGGCGGGGGGGGGGUGUCUCUCUUGAUUUGUGUCUAUUUUAAUUCUUGGGUUUGGUUUGGUUUUUUGAGUUGUCACUAAUGCAGACUAACCAAGCGCGCGUCCUUUAAACAAAUCUUGUAACAUACACAAAAAAGAAAAAAUGAGUGAAAGCAAACAGGUUCAGUGACUGUGGUAACUUCUUAUUUCCAGAAAGAGCAUCUGGGGAGAAAGGCCCUUUCCUGCUUGGCAAAAAAAGGAGGGCGGGAGAUGGGUUAAAAUGAGGAUUUUCUUAUUAUUUGCUUAGGACGUCCCUGUUAAUUUGGUGCUUGUGUUAGUACUACUGGGGUAGGGAUUGUGCAAGAGUUACCUUGGCCCCACGGAGAUUCUCAGCAGCUCUGGCAGGCCAGAGGCUGGUGGUCUUAAACCCUCCAGGCCUUCCUUCGAUGAAUUUUCCUCUCCCGCAACACAGCCUGUUCCCAGCUCUUACGCAGAGCAAAGGGCUCUCGCAGCGGCUUUUACUCUAGUACAUUUGCUUCCAUUUCCCAGGGGCCGAACACGGUGUCUCUGUGGUGCACAAUCGGAGCUGGUCGGGGUUCCUUUGCACCUUUGAAGUUACGGACUCUCUGCUUGAACAGCAGGAGGAGGUGGUUUCGGCCAGUAAUUCCAUUUGCGCAUCGUGCUAAGCUGGGCUGCUUUCUUAAUCAUGGUCUGUUGAAGCCAUAGUGACCUGGGUUUGGCCCCCGAUGCAAAUUAUGAGAAUGUUUGUCCUGGAAUCCUUUCCCAGGGAAAACGAGGUGAUUUUUUUUUUAAUGCAGCUACAAAUAAAACCCAUUUUCAGAAA